AUGAAGUCAGUGCUCUUCAGCCGCUUCUUCAUCCUCCUGCCCUGGAUGCUGAUCGUCAUCAUCAUGCUCGACGUGGACACACGUAGGCCCGCGCCCCCGCUCACCCCGCGCCCCUACUUCUCGCCCUACGCCGGGGGCCGCGGGGGCGCCCGCCUCCCGCUCCGCCGGGGCGGCCCGGGGCGCGGCCGGGAGCUGCGCAACGAGUCGCGGCCGCCGCCGCCGCUGCCGCCCGAGCCGCCGCUGCCCACCAUCUAUGCCAUCACGCCCACCUACAGCCGCCCGGUGCAGAAGGCCGAGCUGACACGCCUGGCUAACACGUUCCGCCAGGUGGCGCAGCUGCACUGGAUCCUGGUGGAGGACGCGGCUGCGCGCAGCGAGCUGGUGAGCCGCUUCCUGGCGCGCGCUGGGCUGCCCAGCACGCACCUGCACGUGCCCACGCCGCGGCGCUACAAGCGGCCCGGGCUGCCGCGCGCCACCGAGCAGCGCAACGCCGGCUUGGCCUGGUUGCGCCAGAGGCACGGGCACCAGCGCGCGCAGCCCGGCGUGCUCUUCUUCGCCGACGACGACAACACCUACAGUCUCGAGCUCUUCCAGGAGAUGCGAACGACGCGCAAGGUCUCCGUGUGGCCAGUGGGCCUGGUUGGCGGGCGGCGCUAUGAACGUCCGUUGGUGGAAAACGGGAAGGUCGUCGGCUGGUACACCGGCUGGAGAGCAGACAGGCCCUUUGCCAUCGAUAUGGCAGGAUUUGCUGUAAGCCUUCAAGUCAUCUUGUCCAACCCCAAAGCUGUAUUUAAGCGUCGUGGGUCCCAGCCUGGGAUGCAGGAAUCUGACUUUCUAAAGCAGAUCACGACCGUCGAAGAACUGGAACCGAAAGCAAGUAACUGCACCAAGGUCCUCGUGUGGCACACUCGGACAGAGAAGGUGAACCUAGCCAACGAGCCCAAGUACCACCUGGACACGGUGACGAUCGAGGUGUGA